AUGAAUGAAGAUUAGGAAAAUUAAAAGAGUAUCAAAAUCAACAAUCCAUAUGAGAAUGAUGAAAAUGAACUUUUAUAAUAUGAAGAUAGUAUAUUGAAUUAAUAUUAAAUUAGACCAAAAAGAAGUUCAAACAGAUAAAAGCACAUUUGUCAUCCAAAUAAUUUCAAUCAUUUUAAUAAUCAUAUAUUUUAUUGGUAUCCUAAUUGCGAUUAUUGCGAAUAUUACAAAAAGUAAAUGA